AUGCGGUCGUUCGUCGCAUUGGCAGCAUUUGCUGCUUUGGGUAACUUCAAUAGUGUUGAAGCCAGUCGAUGCAAGCCUCAUCCUAACCUUACCACGACCACUGCACUGCCAUCUACUACCGAGACAGAGGCGCCAUUCGCUGUCAAGAAUGUCCUGAGCAAUGGAAACUUCGCCACGAGAGACCCCAACGUACCAGUUCCUGGCUUCGUCGUCGAAGGUCAAGCUCAGAUCGUUACCAACAAGGGCUAUACCGGUGAUGGAAGCAAGGAGCAAGGCUGCGUCGAGAUGUCAGCUCGCAAUGACCCAUCCAAGCGCAAGCGAGGCAUUGGAAACGUUGCGAGUAUCUCACAGCAGCUGUUGGACCUGGACACGAAGAAGAAGUACACUGUUCGGUUCUUCUACGCCGUCGUCACUGCGAGCAGCGGCGUCAAUAUCUGUACUCUGAGCGCUUCCAUCGGUGGCCUUCAAUUCUUUACUUCGACCAUUCUCAGCUUGGGACUGGCCAUCGAGUGGAACACUGUUCUCGCACAGACCGACGUUCCCAAUACUGAAGGUGCUUUUGCGGUGUCAAUUAACUGUCCCAUUGGUGGAGUGGCGGCUAUUUAUCUUGACUCGAUCUUCAUGUCCAACCAGGUCACGCCCGACACGAUCGACACCGUCAAGCUUGACUUUGGCGACGGGGGUGAUGUACCUCUUCCUACAACUACCAGCAAACUGCUGGUGGGAACGACAUCUGCCGCGCUAGACACCACCGAGACCGCUCAUGAACCAUCAACACUUUCUGAGCGACUCUCGAGCACCGAAGACGCGGCAACGAUCGUCUCUACGGCCUCUGACAUUGAUAGCUCCAGUCCGUCAACAGAGUCUCGGUCCUCUGAUGAGGCUGUCACCCGUGAUUCCACGACUGCUCAAACAUCGCAAUCCACUGGUGUCACCACCCUGUCGACCGUCUCAGGCGCUCCCACUCUUGACUCAUCUACAGAAUCAGAGGUGAAGACUGGAGUUCCUACUUCCGAGCCACCCACAAACAUCUUGGACGCUCCUUCGACCGCUACAUACAACCCUGCCUCAACGGAAAGCCCUUCAUCCUCUAGGGACGCAUCUACGAAGUCUCAGAGCAACACUGAAGUGCCCACUCUAGACCCGACCACAGCCACCAUGGAUGCUCCCACGACCGUAACACAUGAUCCUGCCUCAUCUGCAACAUCCUCACCCUCUGGCUCACGAGUCUGCCCCGCUGGAUCACCCCCACCCGGAUACUGCACACCAGUUCAACCCCAAGUAACCCAAAUCGAGUCCAUCCCUGGAAUCCCAAUCUUCUCAGACAACGACCAGCCCAACGCACCAAGAGCAUGCUGGGCCACCGGAGUCCCAAAGAGUGGUACAUGGGGUCGUUCAAUAGAAAGCAAUCCCCGACAGAACUCCAUCGAAGACUGCGCCUUGCUAUGCAAGCGAGAAGGUUCAGCGUGCAAGGCCUUUGCGCUGAACCCUCUUGGACAAGAGACUUCUUGUCGGAUGCUUGGGGAUAGACUGGGUGUUGUUGGUAUUGAUCUUGGCAAGCAAAUGUCUUUGGUUUGGAAUGACUUUGACUGUUUCGAGUGCCAUGAUUGCGACACCAAGAACCCGUUGGGUGUUGAGACCAGUACCUCCCAGAUCGUGCCAUCAUCAACCGUCAUUGCUUCAGCGUCUUCUGAUAUCACGACUCCUGCUGUGCCCUCAACUACAGUACCCAGCGAUGUGACCACUAGCCAAGGCCCUACCUCUGACGGAACCACUUCUGAGCAAACGACCGAGCCUCCAACACGAACUGAGCUUACUACCUUCUCCUCCUCUUACCUCCCAACAACAACCGAGUCAAUCAUGGCUCAAUGUACUCUCGCCCUCUCAGAUGGUUGUCUCAUUGAUCCCAACGCCGACUACUCCGACUGCAACAAAUCCGGCAAGUUCAAAAACACAUUCACACUCCGUGACGAAGAGUAUCCUUGGCAAAUUGAUACCCAGAACUGCGCUGCCCUCUGCUAUCACAUGCCAAGUCGCUGCAAGGCAUCUGCCUAUGACAACGACCAGCAAAAAUGUGUCUUUUCGUCCCGCUCGAUAUAUGAUUCCUCUUUCACUCCUGGACAAGAAGAAGGCAGCAUGUACUGGAGUGAGCAGAGCUGCAAUAAGUGUUUCUGCCACGACUAUGACCGUGAUGACUACUAUGCCUCGCUUGCGACUGCACUUCCUCAAGCAACCUGCGCCCCUAGCAUUGCUAGCGCCGAAGCUGUUUGUCAGAUCAAGAGCAGCCCUUCUAGUGACCUAGUCUGCCAACACAGUGGCUACUUUCCCUGGGCUUAUGAUACGGCGCCAUCCAAGUUCCCCUACCAGGAUUCUGAGGAGCGCUGUGCAGCGCUUUGCAACUCGAACCCGAAUUGUGCUGCGUCGGCUUGGUCGGCAGAGUCUGGAUGCGCUAUUGGCUACCACCAGCUGGAAUCCAUACAAUGGAGUCAGUUCGGUAACAACAAGAUGAGUUGGAGCGAUAAGGGGUGUUGGGAUUGUUCUGAUUGUAUCAAGAGCCAGAAGUGGCGUAUCAUCAAUUUCUAA